AUGUUCAAUGAGCUCCGCAAGUUGCUCAGCAACUGGGAAGUGCUUACCAGAGGCGUAACAGAGAUUCAUGACAAAGUGAAGGAGCUAGAGUCACUGACAACAAUUGAGGACACUCGUCCAAAGAGGGAGCCAAAAGAGUCAUCCAGGAGGCCCACAGCCAGGAAUUACAUAAACGAGCAUAAAGAAAGAUCCGCAGCCAACGAGAAAGUUGUUACAUUUCUACAGUGUUUGGUCAGGCAAUACAUCCAGCCCACUGAAAAUCUACCACUCAAUGAAAUAGUGUUCUUCGAUAAUAUCGACAAACUUCAAACAGCUUUGAUAGGAGACCCUAGAAGAAAAAUACAAGCCGACCUCUUAGAGUCGAACAAGUUACUAAAGUGUUCUUGCUGCAGCAAAAACUACGGUGGGCCAGUACCGUCCAUGCACGAUACAUCUAUAAUGUACACACUGGCUCAAGAGCACGGUGAUCUCAUCAAUCUACACGAAUGGUUUCACUCUUUCAAAGCAGUUGUUUCUCGCCCGCCCUCACAGGCAAAAAAGAGGUCGAAAUCAUCGCCAUCACCUAAAAAACGAAAAGAAUCGAACGAGCCUCAGAACAAAACCGAUGCUUCAAUUCAAGCCGAAUUUUGCAGGGCGGUUAUCGAACUACAGAUUACGGGCUUGAUUCGAAUGCCGAGCAAAAGGCGCCCGGAUUACGUGCAGAGAGUGGCUUUUGGACUUUGA